GCUCUCUGGUUCGUGACUCUCGCCCGCGUUGUUUGGGUAAAGGCUUGCGACGCUCUCUUCUUUUUCUCUCCCCCCCCCAUCUCUAUGGGUUUUCCGGCUUCUGGAGCCGUUUCCUGUGAUGUCACUUCCUCCGCCUGCGAGGUUCGGAAAACAGUGGCGAGUCUUAGGUGAGAAGCGGGUGGGUGACAGGAGCGGUUGUCCUAAGCCGCCUGCCUUUUUCCGAAUGAAAGCAAAGCGCAGGUACGCUUAGGAUCAGAGUCCGAAGCCCGAGUGUGACGUGUCCGCCUCCUUUACAACGCAGCCCUGGUUCUCUCUGGGCUACACGAAGAUGGACAGCGAGGUGCAGAGAGACGGGCGGAUCCUCGAUUUGAUCGACGACGCGUGGAGGGAAGAUAAGUUGCCCUACGAAGAUGUGGCAAUACCGCUGAAUGAGCUUCCUGAACCAGAACAAGACAAUGGUGGCACAACAGAAUCUGUAAAAGAACAAGAAAUGAAAUGGACUGACUUGGCUUUGCAGUACCUUCAUGAAAACAUACCUCCAACAGGAAACUAGUGUGCCUGUGAUACUUCUUGCAGUAAUUAAAAUGUUUCCAGCACUUCAUCCACAUCUCUCUACCUGCUUUAAUUUGGAAAGAAAACAUUUGUAAAACUUCCAGCCCUGAGUCACUGAUUAUUAAGUCUUUGUAGAUAUAUCAAAGCCUUAGCAGCUGCACACCACAAGUGUGUGUAAAUUAAUAAUUCCUUAAAACAUGUCAGGGUUGUUGUUUUUACAUCAUGUUUCAAUGUUGGGGUCUGUGAUAUGAGCCAAGGAACUGUUCCCAGUGGCAGUAAACAUUAACCAAACUGUGUAUGGUUAAUGUUAGUCUCUCUUUGGUACUUGGUUGCAAGCUGAUUGUGUGACCUCUCCAGACCAGUCACAUUAUAUCAUAUUGGAUGUUUAGAUCAAGCAGAAGAGACAAACAAUCUGAACUUUCUUUGAUGGUCUCGAUGAGUCUGUCCUAAACACUGCUUCUGAGUAAUAGGCAUUAAUAGAAUUUUACACAAGCAUUUCUGAAGAGGGUAAAAGAAGGUUUGCAGUUUGUAUAUUUUUAUUACAGAUCUCCCUCCCAAUGCUAUAGAAAUCCUGAUAACAUUUAUUCCAUAUAUUUAUAUUAAAGAAAUGUCUUAGUAACUGUGUGGUUGUUCUUUGAAUGAACUUUGUGAGAUAUGCGGUGGGUCUCUCAUGAGUUCUGCAGCAGCUGGUCAGAGGGUAAAACUGUCUUGUAAAUUUCACUUCAGCAAAGUCAGUAUGAGCAGUUGCAACAAGAACAAGGGAGAGGGAGAGGGAGAGGGGUGGAUAAAACGACUACAGAGAUAAACUGCUACAGGGAGAAAGUCCAGUUAAGACUAUAAAACUACAGGUUUGUUUUGGCUUUCUUCUUUCCUUUGAGUGGCACACAUACCAUGAGUUCUUUUAAUUGCCAUAAUUAAGACCUAAUUUUUCAGGUAGUAUGGACCAAUGUGGUUUUUGCCAUAAUUCCCCAUGGCAGGAUUCAAACAUUGUAUUUUUGUUCCUUCUAGUGUGUAUGUAAGGGUAUGUGGGGAGGUAAAGACAAAGUAGUUUAAGGCCAUAGUCCUAGGUAACCCGUUCUGGUAAGCAGCAUGUUGUCCCUAUUACUCAUGGUCUCAGCUCCUCCAAUCUGCAGCCAAAUAUUUACUGUAAUAGGCUAGCUUUCAGGGAUAAUUCAACAAGCAAGUUUUCCUGAAGACAGAGAGAAACUUCCCUUGAAAGCAAAUGAGCGAAACAGUAUCACAGCAACAAAAUUGCAUCUAUUUUACCAAUUGCUACAUAAAUAUUUUAAGUGGCAUGAGAAUUUGAGACACAGUAAAUCAAAAACACAAUACGUACUAAUCUUAGAAGCUGGAUUUAUGGCUGAGGUACUUCAAGCUGAACAGGAAAAGAACUGGUGAAUCCUACAAGGGUAGGGCCAUGCCCUCUGCAGCUAAAGUUAUUGUUAAGCAACUCUGGGUUUAGGUGGCAGCGGCAGAUUUAGGGACUGGAUUUGGAGCCUCGGGCGCCGCAACUAUGAUGUAGAAUGGAAGGUGGGGUGCCGAAUUUUGCCAUUGUACAGGGCAUGGCUGAAAUUUGAGGCUCCAAGGAAUGCCACUGCAGGUGGACCUAUUAUCUGGUUCAGAUCACAGGUUCCAAAUAUAUAUAUUUUUCAGGUUAACAAAGCAGACUGCAAAAAUAAGUCCUUUUUAAAGUCCUGAUCAAGCAGAGCAGUAUUUUAGAAUUCAGUAGGGAGGUGCUAUACACCUGUAAAAUGCAAUGCUGCUUAUGGUGUUCACGUGCUAAACUCUUCUACUAUCCAGCAGAGGUCGCAAAAGAGCCUUUGGUCAGCUUAUUUGAUCACAUUGCACGAACUCUUCAUGUGCUUGAAGUAGUUUUCUCUUACAGUGAAUUACUUCAUUCUGAACUGGGUUUCAUGAAGAAUUGGGGCUUCCUAGAUCAACACUCUUUAAGUUCAUCUUCCAUUAUGCUCUUUUAGAAGACAGAUUGGGGGUGCUACAUAAUCAACAUGCAUAAUAACAACAUUCUGAUGGUUGCUGCUUUGAGAGGAAGAGGUUUUGCAACUAAAAAAAGCAAGGAGAAAAGGCAUUUAACUGAUUUUGUACUGCAUCUCGCCUCGAAUGUGAACCUCCAGGUACAUGUUUAUAAGGUAAAUAUUCAUCUGGAUCCCCUUUGGAGAGAACACACAAGGGGUGGGGAAUUGCAAGGGGGACAUGGGAGGAUCAAGAAAUAUUUCUCCUGCUUUUUAGUGAAAGUCCACUUGUUUAUUAGAAGCUAUCAUCAGAGUUUUAUUGUGCAUCUUUGUAUGUGAUGUGUAGUUCUACACUUGGAUAACUAGUUUCCACCUACUCUAUGGAGACAUUAGCAGUUGUGUGAUGAGCUCCUGUAGAGUCAGGUGAUGUGAAAAGAUCCAGCAGCACACAAUGUACUCCAGCAAUACUGAGCUUUUCUAAUCAACCACAAAAAUUCAUUUCACUGAAAAGUGCAGAACAUGAAGACCCUGGUUUCACAGAGAGCCCACAGGGCAAUGUGCAAAGCCCUGGCACAUAAGACCACAAUCCAUAAAACUGCAAUCUAAUUCAGUACCAUCUGCAAAACGUUUAUAUUUUUCUUCCCAACAACAGCCUCUCAGCUUAGUUUACAGGCUGUUUUUUCUAGAGCUAAGGAACUUUAAAAAUAGUUUGCAAUGUGCCACUGGGGAGGAGCUGUUAAGGAAAAUAGUUGGAAGUCCUGCUGGGCACAUACAAGCUUUCCACAUGCCUAAAGGAGCUCACGGGAUUUGUGGCUUCUGGGUUUCCAAGUAUGCAGCAUACUUUGCCCUUGACAUAAUAUUGGAAAUUUUUAAUGUGCAUUGGUUGGAUUAAAGUUGGACUAAAUGUGUCAAUGCCGGAGGUGGAGCAAGGAAGCAGGUUCCUCCUGAAGCCUUUUCCAUUAAGGACAACAGUUUGAAGCCUUUAGGAAAAAUAGGCCAGAUGUAGGUUUUCCACAGACUUGAUUGAAGUGAGUUGAGGGGAUUUGGGAGAGAGGGUCUUCCUUGAGAGAUCAGACCAAUGGGGCUUGAAUGUCACUGAGUUGUAGUCUCAAUUGUAGAAAUUAUCUGACAUUUCCCAUUGGUCUCCGAAAACUUGGGUUUUAUGGGUAGCUAUCAACUUUCACUGAAUUCCUGACAUUUACUGUGAAACUCUUAUUUCUUCAGUGUUGACAACACAGCAAUCCAAACCAUCGUCUACCUAACACCUAUAUGUUGCAAGAAUUGCAAAAUAAAAUUCAGCUGCACCAAUUAAUCAGGUGUUUAAUUACAAUUAAGAACAUUGCUAACGGCAAACAAGCUCUUUCUACACCAGAGAAAGAAAAUGUUGGGAGUUUGUUGAAAUGCAAGACACUGCUUGUAAAUUGGGAUCUAUUAAACUAAAGAACCAAUUAGUUAUGUCAUGUAAUUAACAUUCUGGAUAUACAACAUUGUUCAUAUACAAGGAUUGCAAUCUCGGUGAUUUGACACUGAAAUUAAAAACCACUGCAUUAUAAAACUUACCAACUUUUUGGCAUGUCGUACAUCAGAAUUGCACACUACAGUAAUGUUAUUAAAUAUUUAUUUUUCUUAUGCAGGAAGUCAUACUUUAAAGUAUAAAGGUAGAAAUAUAACAUAUUAUGAACUGGUAAGCAAGAGCCCAUUUAUGGCUAAAGCCAUCUGAUUAUAAAAAUGUGAGAAUUUUGUGUAUAACUAGCAAAGAAUUUUGUGUAUAACUAGCCCCCUAUAUAAUAUGGGGCCUGGUGCAAAAAAUAAAUACGUAAAUGAAGGUCUGCUUUUGACAUAAUAUAUUUCUCAACUCACCUUUUGAUACCAUGCUAUCCUGGUUUAAUGAGACUAGCUUUGGUCAUAGCUGCCAAGUUAUCCCUUUUUAAAAGGGAUUUUCCCUUAUGCUGAAUAGGCUUCCUCGCGAGAAAAGGGAAAACUUGGCAGCUAUGGCUUUGG